AAUUUUUAUCAGCAAACACCUCAGUAAAUCUGGUACAUUUCCGGAAAUAAAAAACAGCUUAUGCAGAAGAACUAUGAAUAAGAGGAUGUGAAUUUAUUUCCUAUGUUUUCCUGCUCCUCCCAAAUGGAGUGUGUAGCAAAUUUCCUCUGUUGUGGUGAUAACAGCUAUAAGAGCUAACUUCUAAACAUUGCUCUACUGCGUCAUUGAGUCAAAAGCUCAAGAUGUGUUUCUGCAUACUAACAUUUUCCACUUUCAGAGAUUGACUGUUUAGGCGUUUCUCGGAGAUCCUUACAGGGAGUUUCCUGAAUAUAAGCUAUGGAAAUAAUCUAGCCUCAUUUUGCCAUUCUUGUGUGGAAGGACAUUCUUUAGAGAAAAGGAAAUAGUUUUGUUUUAUUUACAGCAAUCUCUCAAAACCUGUGGACUCGCUUUAAACCAUGGACAGCUAUUAUGAGGAUUACUACAAUGCAGAGGAAGUUGAGGAAUAUGAACCUUGCAAGAAAACCCAUAUCAAGGACUUCAGCAAUGUUUUUCUGCCUAUAUUCUACUCCAUCACCUGCAUACUGAGCUUAACUGUCAAUUUAACCCUUUUAAUGACUUUCAUAAGAUAUAAGACACUAAGGAAAAUGUUUCCUGUGAACAUGGUCAUCUCGGAUACUCUUUUUACAUUGACGCUUCCCUUCUGGGCAGUGUAUGCUGGCUCUGAAUGGAUCUUUGGUUAUUAUAGCUGCAAAGCAAUCACGUUGGGUUAUAUGGUCAGUUUGUACAGCAGCAAUCUUUUUGUUGCUUGCCUGGGCUUGGAGAGAUUUUUAGACAUCGUUUGCGUCUCGUCAACCAACAGGAUAUUCGGAAGUCCAAAGAGGAACACAGUCAUAUGCAUUUUGGUGUGGCUUUCCUCAAUUUUGGCCGCAGGAAGUCACGCUCAUUUUGUUGAGACUCAAGAGCUUAAUAAGCAGAUCUUCUGCACUUAUCACUUCAGAGAUGAGCUUGGCUGGAAAAUCUACAUAAGAUUUCAGAUGAACAUUCUUGGCUUUGUCGUGCCAUUCCUGGUGCUGCUGUUUUGUUCUAUCAGACUUCCGUUUGUUGUGAGCGCGAGGACAACAUUCAAAAGAUUUAUGCCUUCAAGAUGUGAAACUGGAUUUACGGUCAUGUUUUUUCUCCUCUGGUGCCCCUACAGCAUUGUCUUAUUUUUGCAUGCUUUGCAAGACCUUCACAUAUUUCAGGCAUGUACCGUUAACAUACACUUCGAUGUUGCUGUUCAUGUGACGGAAUGCAUUGCUUUUAUGCACGUUGUUGUAAAUCCCCUCUUGUAUAUAUUUUUUAACAAAAAAAUCAAGAGACGGCUGCAAGGUGCCUGCAAAACUACAGGGGAGAAUUUGUUAGAAGAAUCCAACAGUUCAUCAUUUGUGUCAGGCAUAAAUGGAAAUUUUGAGCUGGGGUCAGUUCAGAGAUUUCCGGUCAAUGACCAAAACAGCUCUAGUGCUGAAAGGCCCGGAAAUUUCAUACCUUUAUAAGUACCUUAUUUUUGUAUCUUUUUCCAUGAAUUUAUUAUGCCACCAUAUUUGCUGCUAAAUUUGCAUAUCUUUUUCACGUUAUAGUUUAAAUU